UAAGGGCGUGUGCGUAAAGAACAAGGACGACCAGCCGGGUCAGUGUCGUUGUUGGACACACAGAGUGGUCGUUCCCGACAAAGACAGACGCUGAACUCCAGAAGCAGUCGGAGGCUCCUGUCACGAAAACCCGAGCAGUUAUGAAGUUCUUGUGGGCUCUGACGGCUCUGCUGCUGAGCUCGUGGAGAGCCGAUGCGACCACAGGCCCAAAAAUCAUUACUGAACCUUCGGAGGUCAGCAACCAAACGUCAGCUGUUCUCAGCUGCAACCUGACUGACACUAGCCUUCCUAUUGGGGGCUCUUACUGGACGCAUAAUGGAAAGGAAAUUGAAGAAUCCAGGUCCAAAGCUUCCACUCAUUAUACGGUUUUCCGCUUGGAAAAGAUCACCUACCAUUCUGGUGGACAAUAUGAAUGUGUUUUUGAGACUGAUCCACCAUUGAAGACAACAAUAGAGGUUAAAACGCUUCCCCAUGUUGGUGCUUACAAGCACUCUGAGCAUGGGAAUGAACAGGACAAAGGUAUGCUAACGUGUGUGGCUCAUGGUCAUCCCCUCCCCACUGACUGGACUUGGUACAAAAAAGAGGAUGGCAAUGCAACGUCUAUCUCUAAUGGCACUGAGCGAUAUGAGAUCAGGAGCACCCCUUACAAGACCAUUCUGUCCAUCACCAACCUGAGCAUCGAGAAGGAUAUUGGAGACUACGUUUGCACUGGGACCAACGAACUUGGUUCAAACAGCGACCAGAUCCACCUGCGUGUCCGCAGCCGCCUGGCUGCCCUCUGGCCCUUCCUUGGCAUCGUGGCAGAGGUCAUCAUUCUCGUGACCAUCAUCUUCAUCUACGAGAAGAGGAGAAAGCCAGAUGAGGUCAACGACGAUGACGACUCAGGAUCUGCUCCCCUGAAGAGCAAUUCUACUGCAAAUCACAAGGACAAGAAUGUGAGGCAAAGGAAUUCAAACUAAAGGCUAAAGAUGAAGAUUCUGCUUGAGAUCCUGGGCAAAUAUUGCAUGAAUUUUAACGAUGUUUUAGCCAAAAGUAUGUGUUGCUGUGCUGAAUGAUUCUUAGAAUGAUUUACUGAAGAAUGCUUAGUCUGUGAUCUUCUGUUUUUUUCGCUGACACUCUGCACAGACCUCAGUUGUCAUCGCUUUUUUAAAAAAUCUACUGUGGGAUGGCCUCUUGUAAAGCAGCUCAAGGUUUUGAGUCCAGGAUGUGGAAUGCUUUUGAUCCCAGUACAUCCCCGUCAUACUGGGAGAGCGCAGUGGAAUUCACAUCUACUAAACAAUCUGAAUUCCAAUGCUCUUUGCCUUAAAUGCUAUUUCUCAUCUUUUUUUUCUUUUUUGCUUGUUUGGUUUUUAACCCAGUAAAAGAAUUAAAGUUGACACUAAAUGUAGAAAUGCUAAGAAUAAAUGUCCAAUAUUUUUUUUCUUAAUAGUUUUUAGUUGGAACAUUUUUGGUUUAAUCAUGCAGUUCUUUUUUUUUUUUAUGUAUGGGAUUUACGUUCAGUGUGAGUAAUUUUCUUAGGACCAAGUGCAAGACUUGCAACUAUUGCGUCUGUACAAUACAACUUUGUUCAGGUCUAAAACUGCCAGAGUAAUACAUAAGAUUUUUUUUAACCACUCGACCUGUAACACUUGUGUUCAACAGUUAAACAGCUGUUUUUAUUUUAUUCACUGUGUAGAUAAUUUAAAAGCCAUAUAUUCUAUUUAACCUGAGUAGUGUUGUGAUUGAAUGUUACACUUUAGAGUUGAAGGAAUUUUAAAGACCUGGUCAGGAUUGUGUAAAAUUGUUGUACCUUCCAUAAAAAUGACAAACCAUCUCAUGUACAACUUGCACAAACUGAAAUAAAGGUAUAUAAACUAAA